UGAUUUCAUACACUAUAUCUGAAGAUGCAUCUUAAGCCGGAUUUGUUACUAAAUCGGCUUAUCAUAUUGAGAUAUUUCCUGUAUAAAAUCUGUAUUUUUGACAUUUAUCACUAGCUAUGGAUAGAUCAAUAUUCAAUGUAGUAAUCUUGAUAGCUAUUCUAGUUGUUGGUGCAAAAUGUUUAUAUAUGGCUGAAUUGCAGUCAGGUGAUAAAAUCUGUGAGAGAACCAUUACGAGAACAGUAAUGUAUACUGCAUACACUACCAGGCAGAAAUGGGUUUGCAAUAUAUUUGGUAGAAACUGUUACUUUAUGUACUUUAUUGUUUCUGUAAAACAAACAAGAACUGAAACUGUUGUAACUCCAGUAUGUUGUGAAGGAUACAUCGAAGAGGACGAAAAAUGCAUAAGUACUGUAACAACAGAACCUCCAACCGGAAGCUUGGCGGGUAAUUUAACAAGUACCUCUCCGGUAGUAGUCAGUAUAUCAGUCGUACUAAUCCUGAUUCUUAUAGCGUUAGCUGUAGCACUUAUAUUUGUUUUACAUCGCAGAAAACUUAAAAUACCAUUUUUUGACAAAAGCCGAAAAGAUUCAGUAUCAAAGAGCCCAGUCUGUGUUGAACCGAACAAUGAUAUUCCCGAAUACCUAGACUUGGAACAGUCGAAAGAACCACCCAGUAAACUAAGUAUUGCAAAUGUCCUUUACAAUAAAAUGCAGACACUUCGAAGAACAAAGGAAACAAAAAACCAAAAUGAUUCUGAGUUACAGAUUUAUGACACGUGCGAAGAUACCUCAGACUCUUUAGAAUACAACAAUCUUAACAAAACGGGAAUUUCAAAAGGCAGUUUGAAAGGUAUGAUCACGGAGAAAGUUAACACCGUCAGUUCAUCAAUAAAAAGAAUAAGAGAGAGUUUGAAAUCAAAGGAAAAUGUAUCCGAUAAUAAAAAGGAAAAGUUAACUUCCAUGAAAUCCAUGGGCAGAAGUCAACUUGGGACCUUGCCUGAGAUUCCGUCAGAUAAAACCGACAACAGCAGCCAUGAUGUUACAUUAAGUGUUAAAAAACGUCGGUUUAUUCAGCCAAUCGGAGAAUUUCCGUUAACCGCAAAUACUGCGUACGGUGAAGUUCAAGAUGAACCAGUUGAAACGCUCGAAUAUUUGAACAAACCUAAAUUAUUAUCCAAAGAAAAUGAUUACCACGAAUUCGAAAAAAAGGAAAAUAGAAUAGAAGAAAACAUAGAUUCUGAAAAGGAAACAGAUUCUAAGGAGGACAUUCCUCCAGUGUAUGAUGACAUACACAUAUAUGCUGAUAUUUAGCAUAAAUAAACAAUAAAUGUUGUUUAACACUACGCUAACUUCCAGUCGUUCCAAUUACAAUACGCUAAAUCAUUGAAUAACUGUUAUAACAUAUGAUUGACAAAUAAGAAUGCAUUGGAAAUAUAUAUAUAUGAAAAAAGCUAACUAUUUAUUAUACAUUGCUGUAUUAUUAUCUAUUUUUUUGUUACAUGAUUCUAUGUUAAUUGUCAAUCAAAAGGCAACAAUCGAUAAACUUUGACAUCAAAAUCUACAAGUUAAUAAGCAAUCACAGAAUGAAUUUCUUUUUGUAGACCCUAAUA